CUUAAAAAACACACAAACUCUCUCAUCUCUCUCUAUUUACCUUUUUAGCAGCAUCAGUGAGGUAAGUUUCUUCAAAUAAUGCGGAUUCGUUGAGUUCAAGAAAGGCCAGAGUCAUUGCAGUCGCUCCUUAAAGCACCGCUUAUUGAAGCAAGAAGAGUUCUGGCCAAAAGUGCUUGGAUCUGUGGGAUAAAAUGGACACAAGAAUGUUUUGUUGCGAAAUUAGGCACAAGCUUGGAGAUAUCCGUUUUUGUGCUCGAGCAUUAUUCUACAGAAGAGAUGUUUCAGUGUGUUUGUUGUGCUGAGGAUCAUGUAUUAGCCCGUGGGCUGAACUUUGGCAGGGGUUCGGGUCCAUUGGUUUCCUUUACUGCGCGAGCUUUUCACACGCAUAGAACCGUGGAUUCAUUUACUUUGGAAAAGUGUUAUGCAUUUAUUAGUUAGUAUAUUUUAACAGGUAAAUGUGCCAUGCCGUUUGUGGAGUUCAUCGCGGGAUGGAUUUCAGGUGCUGUUGGUUUAUUUGUUGGACACCCUUUGGACACAGUAAAGUUCCAUGGAUUUUUUAAGGGCAUGUCAUUUCCUGUCCUCUCUGUUGCCCUUAGCAACGCUGUGGUCUUUGGUUCCUACAGUAAUGCUCUGGAUUACCUUGACCAGUCUCACCGCAGCAGCUCUGACCACAGCAAGCACUCGCCACUCACAGCUGUCUUCACGGCCGGGUGCUUCUCAGGUCUAACACAGUUGUUUGUUACAGCUCCGAUAGACCUGGUCAAAGUGCGUCUGCAGAGCCAGACGACAGGGAAUAAAUACAGAGGCCCCACACAUUGUGUAGCUGUGAUCUUAAGAGAGGACGGGGUCAAAGGGCUGUUCAGAGGAAUGGGGGCUCUCGCCCUACGAGACGUGCCGUGUUAUGGACUUUACUUCCUGCCGUACGAGUUCACCUGCAGGAUGCUGACUGAGAAAGGGAAGCGGCCAGGUAACGACGCUGUGCUGGUGGCCGGUGGUGUUGCUGGUGUGGUCACAUGGGCCUGCGCCACACCUAUGGACGUGGUCAAGGCUCGACUGCAGAUGUCUGGAGGCGGCGGGCGAGUGUACAGCGGUCUGCUGCACUGCAUUACUGUGAGUGUGCGUGAAGAGGGCGUGAGAGUGUUCUUCAAAGGCCUCCUUCUGAACAGCGUGAGAGCGUUUCCUGUCAACGCUGUGACCUUCCUCAGCUUUGAGAUGCUAAUGAGAGCCAUGACUGACUCCUCCCAGGACUGAGCGCUGCAGGGAUAUGAUGUGUUUUUGUAGGCCAUUUCUUUUUUAGCACUCCUGGUUGCAUCGUCCUGAAGUCGAUGGGUUUUACCAGCCUCAAUGCUUUAAUAAUUGUCUUACCAACUAUUCUAACACAAACUUUCAGGGGAAAAAGCUUAAUGGUGGUGAUGUUGAAGUCAUGUGACUGUGGUGUAGUUCAUCAUUUAUAGCCUACGUUUAGCUUUUUACUUCUGGCGAUUGUAAUUAGGUUUCAGAACUAAUUUAUGAAGAUUAUCAUGAUGAACAAAGCAUGCAAGGAUCAUAAACGUUUUUACAGAGUCACAGAGUUUAUUUUCUGCAAUAAUCCAAAACCCAUGGGAAGAAUCCUAUUUGUCGAGGGAACCAGAUACAAAAAUACAUCAUCACUGCAGCGCUCGAUAGUGCCUUUGCAUAAGCUGUUGACAUCAUAAUGGUGCUGAUUUUGAUUUAUCCCAGUGACUUGAAUGUUUUGAUACGGUUCACGAUUCAUUCAGUGACUCUUUCUGAAGGUUACCUCAUUAUACUAGAAGCUAACAACCAGUCAGUGUCUUAUUAUUAUUAGUUACAUUUAUUUAGCAAUUUUUUGCUCAGUGAAAUUUUCCUGGCAAAAUCCAGUAAUUUCAAUAGGAAUCUGUGUGAACGGGAAACCAACAGAAAGCUGCUUGGUUUGAGAGUGAUUUCUGUGUGAGCUCGUACAUCUCUACCUUAUAUUUUCAAUAGACAAUGAACCUUUUUUGCUCACGAAAUUUCGCUGAAGUCAAUGAGUGGAUAUAUGGAUAAGGAGGCCAAUUAAGCAUAGCUGCCAAAAGGCAAAUUUGAAACCACAAAUUUGUAUUUGUAUUAUGUGCUGGUUAGCAUAUUUUGUGUUAACAUUAACUAGUGUGCUAAAAUUGCUUAUUAAACCUGUCAUGAAUGUGUUAAUCUGGUAAAACCUGCAACGUUUGUACAUUCAUGGAUACCAGGAAGAGAUGUGAAAGAACUAUUUGCAAAGGACCCAAACGUCACCACUGGGAAAUAUUUAGAUAAAACAUAACUAGAGGUUUAUUGAUCCAGAACAGCAAUAGUCCUAAAAUGAUUAAAACAGCUUUACUGCUAAAUUAUAAACAAUUAAUUUUUUUAAAAGGGAUCUAUAAUGCCGGUUUUACAUGAUGUAAUACAAUGCUGUGUUCCAGGCAGGUUUUUGAGCCCGUAAGUCACAACUUCAAACCACAACUCACGACUUUGUAGCGUUCCAGGCAAGUCACACCAAACUGCCUGAGUGUAAACAAACCAGCAUGGCUGGUUAUGGGUUGCCUGGAACGCGGUAUAAGUCUCUGGUGUCUCCAGAAUGUGUCUGUGAAGUUUCAGCUCAAAAUCCCCCACAGAUCAUUUAUUAUAGCUUGUCAAAUUUGCCCCUAUUUGGGUGUGAGCAAAAACACGCCGUU